GUGGAUUUCAUGCGCUCCGGAUGAAAACGUUUUCUUGUUGUUUCCCGGGCCUCGCUAUAGUGAACUGGCCUUCCCCUCUCAAGUCCCACGUUUGGACACGAGGGAGGACAAUAGACUCCGCGGAGGGAAGUUCAAUGUCUACUUCGAACCGAGGGACAACCAUUUAACCGAAUGGAAUGGGAGUAGUUCAACUGAAAGGCAGCCAGAGUUUAAGAAAACUAUCAAUCACCGCGUAGCACCGUGUUGGAGACCGAGCAUUGUCCAAUAUCUACACCAGACAUGGUUCACUUUCAGCCGGGGCCGUCAAGGACACGACUACCGCUUCUUUAAAAUUAUUAUUAUUAUUUUUUUAAAUAUAUGCAGCAACCGCGAAGGAGGUGUAGUUGAGAAUAACGCGUCUUCAACUGUUUAUCAAAUAGCAAAGGCGGGGUGGGGCGGGGGAUAGGUGUUCGGAGGAUUAAUUAUGCCUGACCAAAUCACAGUGUCGGAGUUUGUGGUGGAGACCAACGAGGACUACAAGUCGCCCACCGCCUCCAAUUUCACCACCAGGAUGUCCCACUGCAGGAACACCGUGGCCGCACUGGAGGAGGCUUUAGAUGUGGACCGAAGUGUUCUAUACAAGAUGAAAAAGUCAGUGAAGGCCAUCUACACGUCUGGUUUGGCUCACGUUGAGAAUGAGGAGCAGUACACACAGGCAUUGGAGAAGUUUGGAGAAAAUUGUGUGUACAGAGAUGAUCCUGAUUUGGGGUCAGCAUUCCUCAAGUUUUCUGUCUUCACCAAGGAGCUCACUGCCCUCUUUAAAAACCUGUUCCAGAACAUGAACAACAUCAUCACCUUUCCUCUGGACAGUCUGCUGAAAGGAGACCUGAAAGGAGUCAAAGGGGAUCUGAAAAAACCUUUUGACAAAUCCUGGAAGGACUACGAAACUAAAGUCACCAAGAUAGAAAAGGAGAAGAAGGAGCAUGCGAGGCAGCACGGCAUGAUCAGGACGGAGAUUAGCGGGGCGGAAAUUGCCGAGGAGAUGGAGAAGGAGAGGAGAUUAUUUCAGUUGCAGAUGUGUGAGUAUCUACUCAAAGUCAACGAGAUCAAAAUCAAGAAGGGAGUGGACCUGCUGCAGAACCUCAUCAAGUACUUCCAUGCACAGUGCAAUUUUUUUCAGGAUGGUCUGAAAGCGGUAGACAACCUGAAGCCUUCCAUUGAAAAACUGGCCACAGAUCUGCACACAAUAAAGCAGGCACAGGAUGAGGAGCGAAAGCAGCUGACUCAGUUACGGGAUGUUCUUAAGACAGCGUUACAAGUGGAGCAGAAGGAGGAGUCGCAGGUGCGGCAGAGCACCACCUACAGCUUACAUCAGCCGCAAGGCAACAAAGAGCACGGAACUGAGCGCAGCGGCUACCUUUACAAAAAAAGUGAUGGGUUGAGAAAAGUAUGGCAGAAGAGGAAAUGCACUGCGAAAAACGGAUACCUCACCAUCCCGCACGGCACCGCGAACAGACCGCCAGCCAAACUCAAUCUGCUCACCUGUCAGGUGAAACACAAUCCUGAUGAGAAGAAGAGCUUUGACCUCAUAUCCCACGACAGAACCUAUCACUUUCAGGCCGAAGACGACCAGGACUGUCAAAUCUGGAUCUCAGUGCUCCAGAACAGCAAGGAGGAGGCGUUGAACCAGGCUUUCAAAGGCGACCAGCAUGUCGGCGAGAACAACAUAGUGCAGGAACUGACCAAGGCCAUCCUGGCCGAGGUGAAGAGAAUGACGGGGAACGACAUGUGCUGCGAUUGUGGAGCGCCCAACCCAACGUGGCUGUCCACCAACUUGGGCAUUCUCACAUGUAUCGAAUGUUCCGGCAUCCACAGGGAGCUGGGAGUCCACUACUCCAGGAUCCAGUCGCUUACUCUGGAUGUACUCAGCACCUCCGAGCUCUUGCUGGCCAAGAAUGUGGGGAAUGCAGGCUUCAAUGAAAUUAUGGAGGCAGGUUUAAGUGCUGAAAAUGCAGUGAAACCCAACCCCGCCAGUGACAUGCAGGCGAGGAAAGACUUCAUCAUCGCCAAGUACACCGAGAAGCGCUUCGCCAGGAAGAAAUGUCCCGACUCUGCUUCGCGGCUCCACACGCUGUGUGAUGCCGUCAAGGCCCGGGACAUCGUCUCCCUCAUUCAGGUCUACGCUGAGGGAGUAGACCUGAUGGAACCCAUACCGCUAGCCAACGGACAUGAGCAAGGAGAGACCGCUCUUCAUCUGGCUGUCAGGAUGGUGGACAGAACCUCUCUUCACAUCGUCGACUUCCUCACGCAGAACAGUUUAAAUUUGGAUAAGCAGACAGCCAAAGGCAGCACAGCGCUGCACUACUGCUGUCUGACCGACAACAGUGAGUGUCUGAAGCUAUUGCUGAGGGGGAAAGCAUCCAUAGACAUUGCUAACGAGGCUGGGGAGACACCGCUGGACAUCGCUCGCAGGCUCAAACACUUCCAGUGCGAGGAGCUGUUGAACCAAGCGUUGGCAGGGAAAUUCAACGCACACGUCCACGUGGAGUAUGAAUGGUGCCUGCAGCAUGAAGACUUGGAUGAGAGUGAUGAGGAUCUCGAUGAGAAGCCCAGCCCCCACCGCAGAGAAGAGCGUCCAGUCAGCUGUUACACACCGAGCACCAACUCCCACAUGCAUGGCCGCGACAAGCAGCGUUCCUAUCUGCCAAAUUUGGUCAACAACGAGACCUACGGCACCAUCGUCAACAACAACCCACCUCAGCCCGGUCUGCCCGCCACCACCUCUGCGCCACCCUUACCCCCUAGAAACCUGGUCCAGUUAGCAGGCCUCGGCGGGACGAGUCAGCCCUCGUCGUCCAGCAGCUGGAAGCCCGCUUCCUUAGACCUGGUUGGUCGGCAACGAUCGUCUUCAGACCCACCCAACAUGCACCCCCCGGCGCCCCCUGUUCGACUCACCUCUACAGCAGGUUUGGGUCCUUCUCCUGCAGGAAAGGUUGACGCACUGAGUUUACACCCCAAGUCAGGUCAGGGACCUGCUGGAUCCAGAAGCAGUCAACAAAAGUCACCGGCAGGCAAUGAUAAAAAUUUCACCCGGACGCCACUAAAUCGUACAGGGUCUAUCGAGCGACCAACUAAGGAAGUGCCAGGGUGCCCCCAGAACUCCAUAGGUCACGCUCUGGCUCCAGCCCACCACUCCAGGAAGGCUUACACUAAGCACAGGCCGAAGCGAGUGAGGGCCAUCUACAACUGUAUGGCAGACCACCCGGAUGAACUGACCUUUUCGGAAGGCGAGGUCAUUGUGGUGGAUGGGGAGGAGGACCAGGAGUGGUGGCUGGGCCACAUUGAAGGAGAUCCGAUGAGACGAGGAGCCUUCCCGGUCACCUUUGUACACUUCACUGUGGACUGAAAUGUCACCGCUGGGGUGGUCAGCAACUGCAGGAAUAGAAAAAAAAAAGUGCGGGCCUGCGUCCCCUCCUGGUGACCGUGAUGCCAUUCAAUGUGUUUUUGAACUGCUUGGUGUUUGUGACUAUAGAACGCAAUUGAAAUAAUUGUAGUGAACAGCGUCUCUCAAUAAAUGCACUUUCCCUCGCCGCGCCGUCACGCGUGAUGAAGGUUGUGCACCACUUCCUCUUCCUCCUCCUUUUUAUAUGAGCAGUCAGCAGGCCUUCACCGUGCAUGAGAAAAUUUAAAUAAAUUUAAUGUGCAGGUUCCUUUAUGAACGUGCUUGGUGAUGGCAGGAGGUUUCCUAUUCUUCCCAUUUUGGGAAAAACUAAUCAAUCAUGCGUCAUGCAAGGAGCAACACUCUUGUUCUUCUUUUAUUCAAUCGUGUCCAAUGACGAGGCCAUUUCCACAUUAAAGAUACCCAUUCAACUCCUAAUUUGGCCUGAGUAUGAAUACUUUUGAAUUUACCUGUACGCGUGUGUGCUCUUUCUGUUUGUGUGAAAACCUCUUGACAUUCCGCCUUUCUUUUGUAGACAUAUCUCUUGUGGGGAACAUGCUCUGAUAAGCUCCUGUCACUCCAUUAGAAUGUAUUUGUGUUUUUGUUUUUUUUCCCACUUGGCAAACAACCAGCUGUGCAGCAUCUAACGUCCUCCUUUUUCCAUUUAUACAAAAAGUGUGUUGUUUUCCAUAUUAACACAAGCAUUCAAUGAAAUUACUUUCAAGAUGAGUUGCAGAGCAACUGUGUGUACACAAAAGUCAAUGUUCCUAUGUAGUAGGCAUUUAAAGCUGACACCAAGAGAGCCUUUUGAGUGACAUCGAGAAUUGCAGCUAAUAUUCCUCGUGUUUAUUAUUUUUGUUGUUAACUCACUGGAAACAGGAUGUAAUCUAUACAUGUGUAUAUAGAUGUGAGUGUGUUAUUUAAAUGUAGAGAGAGACUGUGGGGAACACUUACAGCUGGACUUUAAUGUGAGUGUAAAAAUAACAACAGUUAUUAUUAUUGUCUUUGGAUGUAAAUGGGAAAUGAAACUGGAAUAAAAUGAUAUAAAACGCA